AUGGAGAGUAAUGAGGAGAAGAUGGAUAUUAAGAAACAAUAUUCGGAUGAUAGUUUGGAUUCCGAAUCUGGAAAAGGAGUGAAUCAGCUUUGUUGUGACAAGAAAGAUGCCCAAAUUAGAGAAAAAUGGCCUCAUAAGUGCUCCCGCUCAAGCAUAGAGACAAGGUAUUGUUGUGAUGUUCAAGCAUUUGAAGAAGAUUUUCUUGCUUCAAAGCUCAUCUUCGGAUCCAAGCAAAGAAUCAUAAAAAACCGAAAAGCUUCUCCCUUUACAAUAAGUGAAGUGAAGAUAGAGAGUAGUGAGGAGAAGAUGGAUAUGUUAUGGGAGAACUUCAAUGAAGAGGUGCUUCUAAGGGUUUCUUGUAAUUCCUUAGGCAAUAAGAAACAAUAUUCGGAUGAUAGUUUGGAUUCCGAAUUUGGAAAAGGGGUGAAUCAGCUUUGGUAUUGUUGUGAUGUUCAAGCAUUUGAAGAAGAUUUUCUUGCUUCAAAGCUCAUCUUCGGAUCCAAGCAAAGAAUCAUAAAAAACCGAAAAGCUUCUCCCUUUACAAUAAGUGAAGUGAAGAUAGAGAGUAGUGAGGAGAAGAUGGAUAUGUUAUGGGAGAACUUCAAUGAAGAGGUGCUUCUAAGGGUUUCUUGUAAUUCCUUAGGCAAUAAGAAACAAUAUUCGGAUGAUAGUUUGGAUUCCGAAUUUGGAAAAGGGGUGAAUCAGCUUUGUUGUGACAAGAAAGAUGCCUAA